UCUAAAAUCUUAAACCGUCAAGCAGAACCUAUAAAUAAGAGGACCUUCACUCAAAUUUUCCUUUGCAUUAUUAUACAAACACUUUCUUUUUCUCUGAAUCUCUCUGACUCUGAUUCCGCAUUACUAUCCCAGUUCUACUCUCUACGCAGUAUUAUGGCUGUUAUAACUACAACAAGGAGGACUGAAAGUUUUCGGCGAACAACACCACCGACGUGUAAGUACUGGCUAGCUGGGAGAUGCAACCGAAAUCCUUGUAGAUUUUCGCAUAGCUCACCAACAUUGCCAUCGAAUGCAUACUAUAAUGGCAAUACCACAUAUAAGCAUUCAAAGCAACCAACAAAUUGCGCAUCGAAGACCCUCGAGAAGCCAGCAAAUCGUGCACCAAUGGCUGUUGUGUCUGUUGAGAAGCCAACCAAGUGUGAACCAAUGGCUAUGUCUGAUGAGAAGAUUACAGUGUGUGGACUAGAGGCUGUGUCCGUUGAGGAGCCAACCAAGUGUGUACAAAAGGCUGUAUUAAUUGACAAGACUGCAGAUGUGGAAGAUGUGGACACCGUUAUUGCUGAGGCUCCUGUGGAGAAAUCACGAAGUAUUUGUAAAUAUUGGAUGACUGACACUUGUGUGCAUGGUGACCUGUGCCAGAAUUUGCAUUCAUGGUUUUAUGGUGAUGGGUUUUCUACACUUGCACGGCUUCAUGAACACAAGAAGGCUGUAACCGGGAUUGCAUUGCCGGCUGGUUCGGACAAACUUUAUUCUGGCAGCACUGAUGGCACAGUUCGGGCAUGGGACUGCAACACUGGCCGCUGUCUUGGUGUGAUAAACCUUAAUUCUGAAGUAACCUCGUUGGUAUCUGAGGGCUCAUGGAUAUUUGCCGGUGUGAAGAAUGCUGUGAAGGCAUGGAAUAUUCAAACUGGUGCAGAUUUUACUCUUGAUGGACCUAUGGGGCAAGUCCUGUCCUUGAAUGUUGGCAAUGAUAUCCUCCUUGCUGGAGCAGAGGAUGGUGUUAUUUAUGCUUGGAGAGUCAGCUCUGAUCCCAAAGCUGAGUCUCCUUUCGAACUGGUUGCAACACUGAGUGGUCAUACUAAACCGGUGGUUUGUCUUGCUAUUGGAUGCUACAAGAUGCUUUAUUCUGGGUCCAUGGACCAUAGCAUUAAGGUUUGGGACCUUGAUACAUUACAGUGCACAAUGACACUUAAUGGACAUUCUGACGUAGUCACAUCACUUAUUUGUUGGGACCAUUACUUGUUAUCGAGUUCUUCUGAUUGCACGGUCAAUGUUUGGGUGUGCACUGAGGAGGGAAUUCUGAAGGUGGCAUACACUCACAUUGAAAAAAAUGCUGUUCUUGGACUGUAUGGGAUGACUGAUGCAGAGGCGAAACCAAUAUUGUUCUGCUCGUGCAAAGACAAUUCAGUUCGUAUGUAUGAAUUGCCGACGUUUUUAGAGAGAGGUCGAUUGUUUACAAGACAAGAAAUUCGAUCCUUCGAGAUAGGCCCUGGACUCUUCUUUACUGGAGAUGGGACUGGUUUGUUGAAUGUGUGGAAAUGGUUGGAAGAGCCUAAGGUGCCAUGCUCCUGAGCUAAAAGAAAGUUCUUUGGAGAAGGAGAUUACAACUGCAUUGCAUCAUGUAAAAAAUGUUUGUCAUGAAUGAUGGCUUAAGCUAUGUUUGACUAGUGUAAUUCUCCUCGGUGGAACUUUCUGUGUAAUAUAACAUUCUAUGUAUUAUACAAUUUUCAAUAAGAUCAUGAAUUUU